AUGUCGAGCCUACCCUAUUUGGAUCCAAAUGCCCCUUUUACACUUAACUCGGUUCAGACCCUAGACACACUCAUCAAUUGCAUGAAAAGCAUCAAUCCCCAAGAGCGAGACUACGCCGUAAAAGUGCUGAACGACAUCAAAGAAAAAGGCAACCUGUGAAUCCAUGUCGACACAAUCAUUGGAAAUACCUCGAACACAGACACCAAAUUUUUCGCACUUUCUUUGCUAGAGCACGUAAUUGUCACUGCAUGAAAUGCAGUCCCAGAAGACCAGCGAAGUGGCAUCAAGAACUUCAUCGUAAAGCAGGUCAUAGAUAACUCGAGCUCUGGCGCUUCUCACUUCCUGAACAAACUUAACCUCAUUUUGGUACAAAUUGUAAAGAGAGAGUGGACAACGACCUGGAGGGACUUCAUCCCAGAGAUCUGCAGCGCUUCGAAAAGCAGCCAGGCUUUGUGUGAAAACACAAUGAAUGUACUGAAGCUGCUUAGUGAGGAAAUCUUUGAAAAUACAAGGACACCGCUGAGCACUGCGAAGAGGAACGAACUGAAGCAAGCCAUGAACUUGGAGUUCUCGAAGAUUUACGAGCUCUGCAACUGGGUUCUGAGGACUGCUGCGAUGCACCCAGGAGCGGUACAGAAUUCACUAAUUAAAAGCUGCCUAAGCACUUUGGCUGCAUUCUUGGAUUGGGUGCCGCCUGUACACAUUUUUUCUGGAGACUUGGUGACCUUCUUGCUUGAAAGCUACUUAGACAACCAGCUUUUCCGAACAGCCACGUUAGAAUGUCUAACAGAAGUGGCCGGAGUCACCAUGGAAAUCAACCCAAACGAUCCUUCUUUUGCGCUCUACCAAACUGCAGUCAUAAACUUGCUCUCACUGUCAAUGAAUAAGCUCGCCCAAUCUUUUCCUCCAAAAACCACGAGCUUCGCUACGAUUUUCAUGGAAACAGAUCCAAACAUGCAACUUCACAUGAAGCUCUUCGCACAGAAGCUUUCUCUCUUUCUACUAGCUUUUGCCCAAAACCACCUAACUUUAUGUGAAAGCUCAGCUCUGCAAUCUCAAGGGACAGAAACAGAAAGUGUGAUCAUUAUCAGUCUUGAUGCCCUGCUUUCUUAUAUGGUCUCGCUGACAGAGUUUCCUGACGAUGAGGUCUUCAAGAUCUGCUGUGAGUUCUGGCAUACCGUUUCAAAGCACCUUUAUGAACAAAGAGUAGCAGGCUGGCUUGAAAAUAAAAUAUGAAGCAUGGCAUAUCGAGCAAAUUUAAGCAAAGCGAGGAUGCUUUUGAUUCCAAGGACAGCUAAACCAACAGAAGUCCUGAUAUCAGUAGACGAGCAAGGCAAUGUCGUGAGGGAAAAGCUACAAGACACUGAAAAUAUCGCUCUUUAUGACUUGAUGAGAGAAACCUUGGUCUACCUCACACAUCUUGACCCUGAAGACACUGAACAUAUCAUCAUGCUGAAAAUGGCGAAACAGAUGGACGGCAGCGAAUGGUCCUGGACAAGGAUUUCUUCUCUUGCCUAUGCCAUUGGGUCUAUAUCUGGGUCAAUGGAUGAGGAGCACGAAAAAAGGUUCUUGAUCCAUGUCAUCAAAGACUUGCUAGCACUUUGUGAAGGCAAGCGUGGAAAGGAAAACAAAGCAAUUGUGGCAACCAAUAUUAUGUAUGUCGUUAUGCAAUACCCAAGAUUUCUGUCGAAUCAUUGGAACUUCUUAAAGACUGUUGUCAAGAAGCUGUUUGAGUUUAUGCAUGAGCUCCAUCCAGGAAUCCAGGACAUGAGUGUUGACACCUUUUUGCGAAUUGCCCAGAACUGCGGCGCUGAUUUUGUUGUUCCUCACGACAUCCAAGACCAAAGAGAGCCAUUCAUUUAUGAAGUGAUUAGAAUCAUGUCAGCCACGAUUUCAGAACUGCAAAACCAUCAGAAGCUUGUAUACUACCAAGCUAUUGGCCACAUUCUUUCAAAUAUCAAGACUUAUGAAGAAAUGGACUAUCACUUGACAGGAGCUCUUGCUUUGGUCCAAGCCCAAUGGACUCAGCUGCUGUCUUUGAUUUCUCAAAACUUGGCAGUCAUUCAAGAUCCCGAAGUCACUCGCUCACUUGCGUUUUGUAUCAAAGUCAACGAGAGUCUUUGUCAAUCCCUCGGCCACUUCUAUUACAUCCAGCUAGGGAAGAUCUAUAAUGACAUGAUCCAGCUUUACACAACCACAGUCCAAUUCUUGAACUCAGAGGUUGCAGCAAAAGGUCCAAUAGUUGUCGGACACACACAUAUAGUAAGUGCAAGAGCUCUUUGUAAGAGGAUCUUGAACUUAAUUUCGACGUACAUAAAAAUCUGUCAAACUCCUCAGCUGCUUGUUGAGCACUUUAUUCAGCCAGUUUUCGAAAUCGUGGUCAGAGACUUUGUAAAUUCGCCUAUUGAGCUGAGGGAUGCUGAAGUAAUUACACUGGUAGCUGAUAUUAUAAAUAAGCUAGGCAGGGAAGCUACUGGGUACAUGCAGGUAGUGUUAGGUGUAUUUUUAGACUCAGUGCUAAAUAUGCUGGUGUCUGACUAUACAAAUUAUCCAGAGCAGAGAUCAAGCUUCUUUGAGUUAUUGAAAGCUGUCGCUUCUCAAUGCUUUGAAUCACUUUUGCAGCUACCAAUAGAAAGGUUUAAAGUUGCAAUUGAUACCAUUCUCUGGGCCUCCAAGCACCAAAGCACACAGCAUGCCGAGCUUGGCUUGGUCACACUCAAGCAAAUUUUACAAAGCCUAGAAAGCUCAGGUGUGGUCGCGAACUAUUUCUAUCAGCAUUUCUAUGUCUACGUUUUAACCGAAAUUUUCGCAAUAAUGACUGAUGGGCUUCAUAUAGCUAACUUCAAGCACCAUUCUCAAAUACUGAGAUACCUAUUCUACAUUGUAGACUCAGGGCUUAUCACUGCUCCUUUAACUGAAGGAAUCGCAGCUGAUGCUAAUAAGGCAUUUGUGAUUUCUCAUCUGACUCAAAUUCUGGCAACAAACUUCACCAAUAUGAACAGGGUUCAGAUCGAGACGCUGAUUUUGAGCAUGUUCAACCGCUGCAAUGACCAAGUGAGUUUCAAGAAUGUGCUGAUUCCCCCCCUUUAAAUCGGCAAAAAUACCCCUUAAAUUGUAAAAAAAAAAUUUUUUCAAUUGGAAAAUUUUAUCAAUGAAAGCAUUAAUUUUUAUAAAAUUAUUUUUGACCUAUUUAAUAGACAAAAUGCAAGUAGAAUGCUAUUUAAAUAUUUUUUACACUUAAUUGAUGAAUUUUUUUAUUUUAUCUUGAUAAAAAAUAAAAAAAAAUUAAAAAAAUUUGAAAAAAUGUUUUAAAAAAAAAAUAAUGAUAGAAAAAACUAAUUUCUAUAAAAUUAAUUUUGACCUAAUUUAAUGUACAAAACACAAUAAAAUGCUAUUUUAAACAACUUUUGCAACGAAUUGAUUGAGUUUUUAGCAAAAUUUCUUCAUAAAAUAUAUUAAAAAUUCUGACUAUUGUGCACAAUUUAUAUAUUUCUCAAAAAAUAAUAAAAUAUUUUUUUAAAAAAAUAUUUUAUAGGGAAAAAUGUAAAUAUAAUUUAUUUAAAAAAAAAUUAACCCCUUUUAAAUUGGAACAGAAUGUUUUGCUCCAAUUUAAAGGGAAGGGAGUGAGAGACUUUUUGGUAACCACCAAAGAAAUUGCUGUAGAUAAUGAGUCGUUUUAUGCAGAAGAAAGGGAAAAAGAAAUUGAAGAGGCGAGGAGGCUGAUCCAAGAGAAAAAAGCUCUGGUGCCUGGGUUGCUGCCACAAUUCACAAAUGAAAGAAGUUCUUAA